GUGUGAACAUGUGUGUUUUGUGUGCGUAAAGUUCAGUCCUGAAAAACUCCAUGUCAGGUUUUGCUGUCCUACCCCCAAAUUAACUUUAAACGCCAAAAUAUAUAAAGCAGCUCAACACUGUCUAGUGCCAUACACAUGUACGAGCCAAUCAGGCGCGCAGGAGCAACUUCCACGUAAACGAAGCGAGCGCACGGAGAGAAGCGGCUGGCACAUCGCUGUACUGCGCAGCCAAACCGCUGUCUGUCAUUAGCUGCGAGGGUGUCAGGGGCGACAGAGCAGAGAGAGAGACAGAGAAGAGGGAGGAGUGAACAGCCCCGGUGCGCUCUGACACGGCCGUAAACUCAAAGACACGAGAAGUAACGCACCGGACACCGAGCGCGCGCGCGAGAGGGAGAGCGGGAGACGGUCAAGGAACAGGACAAACCAGGGAGUCGACAUGAGCGGUCAGUUUGAAGACGACAUCCACGACAGAAGCGAAAGGAAGAACAGCAAAUCCCCCACGCUGCUCUCUUCCUACUGCAUAGACAGUAUCCUGGGCCGGCGCAGCCCCUGUAAGGUCAGGCUUAUAGGGGCACAAAGUUUGGGUUUGCCCGGGAGAGGAGAGCUGGACAAAACCACUGACGGGCCAAUGAAAGACCCCCUCUCUCUGAGCGCAGACAUGCACCUGCCUCCCAAACUCCGGCGGCUCUACGGUCCUGGGGGGAAGUACCUGCACGAGCACACUGAGAAGCUGGAGAGGGAGAGGUUACUCCUAGAACAAGCCAGCGACAACCUCAAAAUCACCCAGGCGCCACAGGUGAGCAUCAGUCGCAGCAAGUCUUACCGGGAGAACGCAUCUCUGACCCGGGGAGAGGGCGACCAGAGCCCCGGUGAGGGCUCAGAGGACGGUAGUCUGGGGCUGGUGGAGCUUGGCCCACUGAAGUUUGAGGAGGACACCGGUAAAGAGGAGGAAAGCUGCGGGGACGCUUCAGUCUUAUCACCGAAAGACGAAGAGAGGGAAAGCUUGAACGCCGGAGACGGAGAUGUGAGAGACGGCGAGGACAGCGUGUGCCUGUCCGCUGGCAGUGACUCGGAAGAAGGGAUGCUGAAACGGAAGCAGAGAAGAUACAGGACUACGUUCACGAGCUAUCAACUGGAAGAGCUGGAGAGAGCUUUCCAAAAGACGCAUUACCCGGACGUUUUUACGAGAGAAGAGCUUGCUAUGCGCUUGGAUCUUACCGAGGCCCGCGUUCAAGUGUGGUUUCAGAACCGCAGGGCCAAGUGGAGGAAGCGUGAGAAGGCAGGUGUACAGGCCCACCCCUCAGGUCUCCCCUUCCCUGGGCCUCUGGCAGCAGGACACCCCCUGAGCCACUACCUGGAGGGCGGACCCUUCCCUCCUCACCCCCACCCCGCCCUGGAGUCCGCUUGGACGGCCGCCGCUGCUGCGGCCGCUGCCUUUCCCGGACUGGCCCCUCCGCCUCACAACGGCGCCGCUCCACCCCUCGCCACACCGCUGGGCCUGGGCACGUUCUUAGGGACAGCCGCCAUGUUUCGCCAUCCUGCCUUCAUCGGACCUACUUUUGGAAGGCUCUUUUCCAGUAUGGGCCCCCUAACCAGUGCUUCCACCGCGGCUGCUCUCCUCCGCCAGCCCGCCCCCCCUGUCGACAGCCCUCCCCACACAGGCCCGGUGCUGCCAGACCCCUCCUCUUCAUCCUCCUCCUCUUCCUCGGCUGCAGCUGACCGCCGGGCCUCCAGUAUCGCUGCUCUCCGACUCAAGGCUAAGGAACACUCGGCACAGCUCACCCAGCUCAACAUCCUGCCGCCCGGAGCCACAGGGAAGGAGGUGUGCUGAACACUCUACCCCAGCCUUAGCCUCCUGUCCCGGGCUUGUCCUAUUUCCGCGACUCCCCUGUCCCCCCCAAAACCCCGCCCUCACAUUCAUACCUCUGGAGGCUGCUGUCCCGUGAUGCUCCACUGUCCCAAUUACCUCAUGUCCCCCAACAAAAUAGCACGACCAAAUUUGAGAGAGCACUGGCUAAGUGAUGUCUGAUAAGAACACUCAUCGAUGAACUCACUUUUUAAUAAGAAGGCUGCUUAUUUAAGGAAUUCAUUUAUCCAAUUCAAAGUGAAACAAAAGUCCAGCUCAAUACACACACAGGUUGAAACGUUUUCAGCAUUUAUGUAUUUUAGAUUCAAGGCUUGUCAUGAAACAGUUUUAUAAUCUUAAUUUAUUCCUUUCGCCAUUGCUCUACUCUAUUUUAGUGCAUAGGAUAAUGUUUCAGCCUUGAUUUCUAUUUUAUUCAUACAGGCGUAACCGGAAAAACUAUACAGUCUUGAACAUUCUCAUAAAUAAAAAUAUAUAUAACAUGAAUUAUUACACAUAAAUUCAAAAUAUAUUAUGCAAAUGAAAUCUUUCAAUCUGUAUGUAAUGGAUUUAUAUAAUUUGAAAAUCAGGCUUUACUUAUUAUUUGUAUUUAUUUAUUUUUACUUUUCCACAUUUUUUACAAUUAUUUGAGCUGGCCAUGUUCUUUUUAAAUUCUGUAAUAAUUUCUUUCAAUGCAUACAUUUUCCAAAACCCAUUUAAAAUAGUAAUCUCAAAACACCAGGACUUACGCAAUGGCCUCAUCUGUAUGCAUUACUGUGGGCUGAGCCAGUCUGCUCCUAAUAAAGGCAUGUUGGAGGAGGUCCCCCAUGAACCAAAGGAAAAAACUGUCCAUACCUUCCGUAGCCUUCUCUGCAAGCCUCUCCACUCGCACAUGUCCAAAGAGCCAAACUCAACACACACUGUACUCCUUCAAAACCCGAAGUCUUUCCUGUUGCAUAUUACAGCAGUGUUUGGGUUGAGACUGGCUGCAGGUGCAAGUCGAGAUCUGUCUCUGAUGACGUGACUGUGUGAGAAAAUGUACAUAUUGUGAAAAGAUAGAAGAAAAAAAGAUGAUUUUCAAAACAAGGUCGUGUAUAUUUAAACUAGACCGUGUUUUGAUCACUUGCACUCAAUGUAGUGUUCAAUGAAUGACGCCCUUGUCUAGAAUUACACUUGUGUUUAUGAAUUAUUAUUAGGUUUCUAGAUCAUUAUUUAUGUCUAUACUUACCCCGAGGGACUGACAGAUUUUUCUUAAGUGAUUGUAAAAUUCCUGGUUUAAUAAUUUGAAUAAAUGGACACUGCUUCAAUGAGUUAAAUUUUAUUAUUUCAAAUUGCUUUAGGCCUAAACCAGGAGAAAAUGUGAAAUAGGCUAUAAUAGAACUAUUAAUAAAA